UAAACGUCACUGACACGGUCAUCGCCAAAACAUCUGUACCUUCCGUUCAUCCAGUUGGUGGAUCCCAAACGACAACGGCGAGCAUAACUUCGCCACCCUCCGUCUACCCCGCCGUGCUCGUAGGUCGUUUGAACACCGAGACGAAAACAAAGAUUCCGCCCCCGGUACCCCCCAGGGGGACGCCGAAACCACCGCGGGGUGAUCACUGCGACAAAGGUAUUGCGCCAAGCUGUUGCAGCACUCCGCCACCAACUUACGAGGCCUUGGAUCAAAAUACCGGUGAUAUACCGUUAACCGUAGGCGCUACUUCUUCCUCAACCUCGAAUGCCCAUUUGGGAUCCCAUUCUUCCAGCCAGUCUUACAUUUCCCAUCACCAUAUUGUCGUCAGGAGUUACAAAGACGAUGCUGUUAGCAUAAGUGAUAUAAAGCUAGAAUCUCGACCCGAAAAUAAGUCGUCCCUGAGUGUGGAAUCAGGAAGUUCGGGAGCUGGUCACUCGAGUCACUCAAGGGGGCUAGCAUGGACUCCUCCGACAUCAGUAGAAGGGUCCACGCCUACGUGGACUGAAGGUACACCUUCUUUUACCGAAUCUUCAAGUAGUGGAGAUAUGGAAUUCCUCGGGGCUAACAGAAUCAUUCCGAAAAAGAAAACAAUGAAUUAAGAUGUCAGACUUUCAAAGGACACCAUUCGAGCAGAGUUUGGCCAAGAAGUUUAUAAUUCGGAUUGUCGUAUAUUCCAUUAUGGCGCUUUGUCCUAGGCUUGCACUGCGAACCAACACAGGAGUCUUCAUGAGGACUAGGUCUAACGCGAAAUAUGAUAUAAUUCAAAUGCUGGUGUUUUUGUGGAGCUUCAAUGUUAUGUACAUAUUUGGUGGCACCUUAUCAUAACGUUUUGUUGUAAAAUUUCUAUGGAAGUGACGAAGGUGGCAGUUUUAGUAUGUAAAAUUGUAGAUCUGCCAUAAAUUAUCGAAAAUAUACAAUAUAAAUAUAUGAAUAAGCAUAAAAGGAACCUUGUACCCACUGUUUUUGUAAUUAUAAAACAUUUGUUAGUCCAUUUGUGAUGCAGACUUUUCAUGAAUAUCUGAUAGUUGUUAUGAAAUACUCAAAAUGCCAAAUACAGAUUCACUAAAAAUGA